AACAAUCACUUCCUGUCGCAUGCAACUUGGCUAUAUCUGACCCUCAUCGGAAUUCCAUUUUCGACUUCUAGAUAUGGCGCCUUCAGCGGAGCUCCCUGGGCGCGACGCGCUUACUUCUCGCAUCGUCCCUUCGAUGGUCCUUAGCGAUGGCAGCCCUUCGUCGUUGACAGCGGCACCAACAUCCAUAAUCCAGGCCGAUCCGCACGUUGGGGCUCAGAAAAGGUUCUCUGUGCGGGGGAACGCCGUGGUCACCGGAGGCGCUGGAUCCCUUGGCCUGUACGCCUGUGACGCACUCCUCGAGCAUGGUCUCCAAGGGCUCAUGAUCUUCGAUGUCAACCCGGCCAAUUCCCAGAAAGAGAUUGUGCAAAUGCGAGAAAAAUUUCCCGAGACCAAUAUAUCUACAUUAAAGGUCGAUAUCACUGCUGAAGAAGCCGUCAAUGAGGCCAUGGAGGAGACCGUCCGUGUGCUCGGGUCCGUCGAUAUCCUGGUCAACUUCGUCGGCGUGGUGGGCUGUAUGGAAAGCCUCGAGAUGCCGGCAUCUCAAUGGCGCAAGAUAAUCGAUAUAAAUACAACUGGCACAUUCAUCUGUGCUCAGGCAGCGGCGCGGCAAAUGGUCAAGCAGGGAAAAGGAGGCUCCAUUACCUUUGUGGCAUCUAUCUCAGCUCAUCGAGUCAAUUUUCCCCAGCCGCAGGCGGCAUACAAUGUUAGCAAGGCGGCUCUUUUGAUGCUUAAAAGCUGCCUGGCAGCAGAAUGGGCUCGUUAUGGCAUUCGCACCAAUAGUGUGAGUCCUGGAUACAUGGAUACAAUAUUGAAUGAGGGUGAUGGCAUUGCACACCAUCGUCAAAUUUGGGCGGAGAGAAAUCCUAGUGGAAGGAUGGGAAGUCCAUCCGAAUUGACAGGGGCCAUUGUUCUCCUUGCAAGCAGUGCAGGGUCAUACAUUAAUGGUUCAGACAUUGUUGUUGACGGUGGUGCUAUUGUGUUUUAGAAACUAGAAUGUAUAUGACAUUUCUCCGAUAC